AUGGCAGAACAACCGAACACCAAACUGAAACUCACUAGAAAGAAGUGCGAAGACGAUGCCACCACCAAAUCCACCAGAGAUACCGACGACUCUCUACACCUCACAGAAACCCUCCAAUCCCUCCUCGACAACACCUCUCUACCACGAGGCCUCGCACAACCCCAUCCCGACUUCCUCCCAACACUAACUCACCUCUCUCAAACCCUCUUCAAACUCGUCUCACUAACAACCGGCAAGCCGCACCCAUACUGCCCGGAUUCCGUACUACGCUACCAUCUACUUACAUCCACUCAACUAGACGACAUCGCGCGACAUUACCAUCAAAUCUGGCCACCGGUGCCGGAGACAUAUCGGUACCCAAAACCAAUCAAGCCGUGGAUUGGGACGGAGGAAGAGUGCACGAUUGAUAUCGAGGGGAAGAGGGAGAGGAUUGGGCAGUUUAUUGGGUUGAGGAGGGGAGUGAUGGUGCCUACUGCUGUUGCUACGAUCGCUACUGGUGGUGUUGAGGCGAUGGUGGCUGGGAUGGAUCAGAGUGCUGAUGUCCAAAAUGUCGAUGAUGGGGAUGAGGAUGAUAGUGGUGAAGAUGAAGAGGAUGAUAUCGUGAAGGUUAUCUGUGAGCGGAUAAGGGCGCAGAUGCAAAGGGAUUGGGAAGAGGCACUUGAGCGAGCCGGAAGGGAUGAAGGGUACUACGGUAUCGUUCGACUUACAAAGGCCUGA